AUCUAUUGUAAAUACGCUCUUUUUUCUCUUUUGACUUUAGUUUUGUAAUGCGGUUUUAUUUCUUUUGCCUUUGUGUGCUUAUAUCUUUUGUCCUGAUUGAUGCAAAACAUCAACAUGUGAAACGAGCUGAUGAAACAGGAACUGCACAACCAUCUAAUAAUAAUCAAGCAACACUCACACCUACAGCAACAGCUGGCGCUACUAUACCAACGAAUUCACUUGUAUCUGUCAAUGACACUCUUAUACAGCCUAGUAAUAAUGCUUAUUUAACUUGGAAAAAACCAGUUCCAAACCAAACGUUUCCUCCACUUUUUAAGAUUGGCGUAUCAAACAUCACAUUUGAAUGGACAGUUGACCCUAACGUACUUAAAGUGCAACCUGAGAACCUGACAGUUGCACUAGCCAACCCUCAAAAGCAGACAUUUACUGCUGCUAUUGUGCCAGGCACAGCAACUUCUGCAGUUUGGGACCUCGCUCACCUUCCACCAGGACAACCUUUGAUGGUAGGCUAUUAUACAGUCUGGGUUCAUGACCAGAGAGGGCCCAAGGCUUACCCUAGUCCAGGAUGGUUGAUGCCUGAUUCAAGACUCACUGUUGCUAUGUAUUCAACAGAAUCCUAUGUUGGAAGAACUGACUCCAUGUUUUGUCCAACAUGUUAUUUAGGCAGUGGAUCAUCUUUUCGUGAAUCAUUGAUGCCUAUAUUAACAGCCUUUGGCGUGGCUAUGUUAACGAGUGCUAUCAUGAUUGCUUCUAUCUUAAAAUAAGGCUCUGUAUUAUGUUGAAUAAAGUGAAGAAUUUUUCAAAUCAAUCGAAAUAUGUUGUUGCAUGCGUGAUUAAAGUUUUUCCACCUUUUUGUUGAAGCGGGAAUGGACAACAGUCUUUUAGAAAUAAAAUAUGUUAUACUGAAUAAACAAGGCUAAAUUAAGCCAAGAAAAUAACAUCCAUUCCAU